AUGUUGCGAACGUCGAUUCGAUCCGUGAGGGUGCUCGGCCACAGGCCUGCGGUGGCCGUCGUUGGCCGCCAAUGGCAGGCCGCUGCCGCCCGCCAGAGGAGGCAUUUCGCAGACGACAAGAAGCCCGCUGUCGACCCUUCCAAACCCGCCGUCCUGCCGGCAUCAGAGACCAUCACCUCAGAGAAGAGCGCCGUCCCCGAGAUUUCCGCCGUCGAGCCGACCAUCCCCAAGCAAGAGGUUCCUCUUACGCCCCCGACUCCCGAUCCCGCGGUCGUCGUUCCCAACCUCGAGGCUGCCGCUGCCGCUGCCGCUGCUCCUCCUCCGCCCGAGUCGCCCGCCGCUGCCGCGCCCAAGAAGAAGGGUUUCUUCCGCCGAUUGAGAAACCUCGUCUUGACCCUCGCCAUCCUCGGCGCCGUCGGCUUCGGAGGCGGUGUCUGGUACUCGCGCGUCAACGAUAACUUCCACGACUUCUUCACCGAAUAUAUUCCCUUUGGCGAGCAGGCCGUUCUCUACUUUGAGGAAGCAGACUUCCGCAAGCGAUUCCCCAACCUCUCAAACAAGAUCAAGGGAAGAGAUACCGGAAGCCAGGUCAAGAUUCCCGCCCAGAGCGGCGCGUCAUGGAGAGUAGCCGAUAACGGCGAGCCCGCUGGUCGUCAGUCGAGCGCUGUUGACAAGGCUGCUGCCAAGGUCGUCGCUGUCAAGGAGGAGGUGAGCAAGCCGGCCGAGAAGCCCAAGCCUGCGCCGGAGGCUCCCAAGGCCGCGCCUGAGCCCGCCAAGGAGACCAAGCCUGCUGCUACUCCUGCGCCCAAGGAGGACUCGAACGGAUUCAAGGCCCCCGAGGUCAACGAGCCUUCGCGAUUCCCUCCCAUUGCCCCGAUCGACGCGCUGAAGAUUGAGGAUGCCACCGAGCCCGUCGUCCAGGACCUCGUUCGCAUGCUCAACGACAUCAUCACCGUUAUCAACGCUGACAAGGCCCACGGCCGCUACUCUCCGACCAUUGCCAAGGCCAAGAGCGAGUUGAGCAAGGUCGGAGGCAAGAUCAAGGCCAUCAAGUCUUCGGUCGAGGAGAAGGCUGCUUCCGAGGUUGAGGCAAAGGUCGCCGACUUUGACAAGGCCGCCAACGACCUGAUUGCCCGCGUCGAGUCCGCCAUGGUCGCCCAGGAGACCCAGUGGAGAAAGGAUUUCGAGGACGAGAUGAAGAAGGUCAAGGAUGCCUACAACGAGCGCGUCAAGCUUCUACUGGAGCGCGAGAAGCAGCUUAACGAGGAGCGUCUUAACAACCAGCUUCUGGAGCAGGCGCUCGCCCUGAAGAAGGAGUUCGUCGCCGAGGUACAGGGCCACGUCGAGGCCGAGCGCGAGGGCCGCCUCGGCAAGCUCAACAACCUGUCGGCGGCUGUCCAGGACCUCGAGAAGCUGACGACGGGCUGGAACGAGGUUGUCGACACCAACCUGCGCACUCAGCAGCUCCACGUCGCUGUGGACGCCGUCCGCGCCAGCCUGGAGAACGCGACGACGCCCAAGCCGUUUACGCGCGAACUCGUUGCGCUCAAGGAGAUUGCGGCCGAAGACCCUGUCGUCAACGCGGCCAUUGCCUCGAUCAACCCGUCGGCCUACCAGCGCGGACUCUCCAACGCGGCACAGCUUAUCGACCGCUUCAGGAUAGUCGCCAACGAGGUGCGCAAGGCGUCCCUCCUGCCCGAGGAGGCCGGCGUCGCCAGCCACGCGUCGAGCUACCUCCUCAGCAAGGUCAUGUUCAAGAAGCAGGGCCUGGUCGGCGGCGAUGACGUUGAGAGCAUCCUCACCCGCACGCAGACGCUGUUGGAGGAGGGUAACCUGGAUGCUGCGGCCCGUGAGAUGAACGGUCUGCAGGGCUGGGCGAAGACGCUGAGCAGAGACUGGCUCGGUGAGGUGAGGAAGGUUCUUGAGGUCCAGCAGGCUCUUGAUGUCAUUGCGACAGAAGCGCGCCUGCAGAGUCUCAAGGUAGAAUAA